AUACGUUACUUUGUGUGAUUCUUAACCCUCCCCUGGGUUCACUCUAUUGGGCUAAGUGUAGUGGGUGUUUAUUAGUAAUGUGGGAGGGAAAGGUCAGAGUGGUUGGGGAUAUAUUCCAAGCCUUUUAUCUGUCUGUUAGAAAGCAAAAUGAGAAUGAAGAUGAAGUUUGUGUUUCUGCUUGGUUUGGUAGCUGCAUCUGCUAGCCUGGACCUGGAUUCCUAUAGCCACACUGCUGUCCUGGAUGGGCAGGGCAAAUACAUAGUGCACUGGAGGCACCAAGAGAAAAACAACAUCACCUUCCUGCUACAGGUGGAGACCCUGGGCUAUGUGGGGUUUGGCUUCUCCCCUACUGGUACCAUGGCUUUUUCAGACAUAAUCAUUGGAGGAGUGGUUAAUGGCAAACCCUACUUACAGGAUUAUUUUACAGAUGAAAACAGCAGAGAUCUUCAGAAAGAUUCUCAGCAGAACUACAAUCUUGAAUAUGCAAUGGAAAAUGGCACGCACACGUUUUUAAAGUUCAGCAGAGACCUGAACACCUGUGAUAAUAAUGACAAACCUAUAACGGAAAGUACAAUACGAAUAAUUUGGGCUUACCAUCCGGAAGACAUUGGACCCACAGGACUUAAAUACCAUGGGUCUACCAGAGGAAGAAAAAGCUUACGUUUACUAAAUCCAGAGAAAAAAUAUUCUACAUCUAUGGACACCCAGUCCUUCAGUUUCACAAAUCAGAACGUUUCCGUUCCAUAUAAAGACACAACAUACUGGUGCCAAAUGUUUAAGAUGCCGAGGCUUGGCAAGAAACAUCACAUUAUUAAGGUUGAUCCACUGAUACAAAAAGGCCAUGAGAAUCUGGUGCACCAUAUACUGCUAUAUGAAUGUGCUAGAGAUGUGAAUGAGGAAGUACUGGAAUAUGGCCAUGAAUGCUAUCAUCCCAAUAUGCCUGAUGACUUCGUUAAUUGUAAUACUGUGCUAUUUGCUUGGGCCAUAGGUGGAGAGGGUUUCACAUAUCCACCACAUGUGGGAUUUUCCAUUGGAAUGUCAACAGACCCUAAAUAUGUUCUUAUGGAAAUUCAUUAUGAUAAUCCAUCAUAUCAACAAGGUUUGAUAGAUAAUUCAGGGAUUAGAAUGUAUUACACUCCGCUUAUUAGAAGAUAUGAUGCUGGUGUUCUAGAGACAGGCAUAUGGGUCAGCCUGUAUCACAUGAUCCCACCAGGUGUGCCUGUGUUCAGCUCCGAAGGACACUGCACUAUGGAAUGUUUGAAAGAGGCCCUGACCAAAGAGAAACCAAGUGGGAUCCACGUGUUUGCUGUCCUCCUACACGCGCAUCUAGCUGGUCGUGCUAUCAGGGCUCGCCACUUCCGUAAAGGAGAAGAACAACAGCUGCUUGCUUAUGAUAAUGAAUUUGACUUCAACUUUCAGGAGUUCCAGUAUCUAAAAGAGGAAAGGACACUUCUACCUGGAGAUCAUAUAAUUACUGAAUGUCAGUACAACACUAGCAUGCGAUCCACAAUGACAUGGGGUGGACUAAGCACCAGGGAUGAAAUGUGCCUUUCAUUCUUACAGUAUUAUCCAAGAAUUAAUUUAGCGAAAUGUGAAAGCAUUCCAGAAAUUCCCGGACAACUACAGUUUAUUGGCGUGAAGGAAAUAUACAAGCCAAUUACCACUUGGCCUUUCACAAUUAAGAGUCCCAAGCGGUACCAUAAUCUCUCUUUCACAGAAGCCAUGGACACUUUUCAAUGGUCUGAAAGAAAAGGAAAAAUCUUUAAUGAACAUGUCAAGCAAUUGCAAAUGAAUGUUAGGUGUUCCAAACAUGAAAGUGAUGAGUGGGACGUUCAUGGCAUGAUAGUUUCACCUCCUCAUCUGCAAAGGACAAUAAAGUCUGAAGAGUUAACUUGUGUAGCAACGUCGUCCGCUUGUUUAACCACUAACACAUUUGUGUGUCUUAUAAUUAUCACAUGGAAUAUAUUACUAACUGCAAGGAACAGUGUUUUUCUUUUGUAAAACUGCUUUACUAUUUCCUACACUAUUUUAUGAAGAGACAGAUGAAAUUGCACUUCUAUGAUUGUUAAUUUUUAUAUAAAAUAAAGAGAUUUUAUCAAAA